GAAAAGUAUGCACCGCAUAGCCAAAAUUACUGAAUUAUUGCCUUGAACCGUUUCAAUUUUUAACGACUUGAGCAGAAACAGUAAUUAAACCCCAGCGGCGUCGGUAUAUCUAAUACCAGCUACACCCUACAGAGCCAGUCAAAACUGAAGGACCAAGCCAAACUCAAGCUACGCAUAGCCUUAAUUGUAGCUGUGAACCGGACCCAAUUGAAACUGAAGUAAUUUUAGGUUCGAUGCAAAGCGAGAAGCUACACCCUACAGAGCCAGUCAAAACUGAAGGACCAAGCCAAACUCAAGCUACGCAUAGCCUUAAUUGUAGCUGUGAACCGGACCCAAUUGAAACUGAAAUUUUAAAUGAGUCAUACAAGCAUUGUAGAAGAUGGAAUAGAAAAAAUCCAAGAGACGGGGUUACAAGAGUUGAUUUUUGGUAUUUUAUUGGAAAAAACCAAAGUGACUUUGGUAUAAUACAACAAUACUACCGUGACCAUCCAUAUAUACUUCAAGGUGCUUUUGACUUGGACGGAAAUGGAUAUGGUAAACUUUUUAAAUACAUAUGCAAAAAACGUGGCGUUACUGUGAAGAACUGGGCAGAAAAUAGGAAAAAUAGAGCGGAAAAAGAGUCACGGGAAAUGACUGGAGGGUUCGAUUGGUACCAUGAAGAAUAACAAUUAGCUAGUGAAAUUAAUGGUGACAAGAAA